AUGUUCUCACGUGGCCAAGCGUGUCUGAAAAGGCGUGGUCUCUCCGUCGUCUUGGACAAUAUCACGACUGGCCCCGAAGAACCUCUCCUCUUCCUCUACCCUCACUGGUUCACUUCGGCAUUCCGAAAGCCCCGUCCUCUAUCUUCCAGGUCGAGUGGAUCUACAAGCAGUACUGGCUCCCGAGGGUCGGUCCCCAGAGCAUCUCGUCCAGCCCGGGGAUUGUCCUUUGGGUCUUCUUCGAGACGGUUGAUAUCGGGCAGCACUUAUGCCAUUAGAACUACAUCAGAUGGAUCGACGAAUGCAAUUUCGGUGGGAGAUGAAGCUACUAUUUCAACCACACUGGACAAUGGUCUGUCCGGGGAAGCUACGAGGCAUGAAGGCAAUGCGACAACCGGCCCGGAACCCACGAGACUGAAGUCUUCGCGCUCACGCACUCCGAGGGGCGACGUAACGGGAGUUAAACAGGGGAAAGGGCAUGUGAUAAAUGCCUUAGCUGAUAAUGAGAUGGAAGCCGGACAACAGCCUGUUUCUCCGAGUGUCGGAGGAAAUGAUCACGUCGACAGAACGCACUCGAAGACAUUGACAGUGAUCACGGGACAAUCACCAAUUGCGAAGCCACUUUCUGGCUUGAAAAGACUGUCAGUCAGGGAUAGACGGAAAGUUCGAUAUCGACGGGAUCACAACACGACAUCCAAGAUGGACCAUGAAGACAGGAUACAGAGUUUGCUGGUGCGGUUACAGCAGGAUAUUCACAGGUCGGGUAAGAAGGGAUCGAAGCAGAAGGAGCUUUUAGUUCCAGAGGAGACACUGGCACUGCUUGCGGGGAUUACUGACAUGGCGAUGAAGGAGAAUAUUUGGUAUGUGCAUGUCCACAAUGGAUGUAAAGUGCAUGUGCUGCAUCCGCUAGAGAGUGAGGGACAGUAUCGGAAGGUUCUGCUGUCCGGAUCGGAGCGAGUGAUGGAACUGGUCUGCGAUCGCAUUUCCCACGUACGGAAUCUCCAGGAACUUGGCGAUCCUUUGGUCGAUAUUAGGAAACCGGUGGUGCCGAUAUUUCCUUCCAUGGAGGCCUUGAGGAACAAGAAUAUUUCCCCGCCGCUUAUUCGGGGCGUAUGGGACCACUAUAGGGCCACAAGGAACCCAGCGAAACUAAGUACGAUUCGCUCUUUGUCCAAGGACUUGUCGACGGUGCGGGAGUUUGCGGAGCAUGUAGACGAGUUGACAAGGUCGCAGCCUUCGCGCGAUGCGGUCCUUGGGUAUAAAGAGAUGCCUCACCGGAAGCAGGUGGCUGAGGCCCUGAUUGCGCUAUUCAAUGAUGAUGCAAACAGUCGACUGUUUUCGACCGCUGCACUGAAUCGUGCGCUUUCUUGGAUGUGCGACUAUGAAUUUCUGCACUGCACAGGGACGGUUCUCCUUCGUGCCGAGCAUGUUGCAACAGUAGACACCUUCAACAUCCUUCUGAGGUCAGCGGCGAAAAGGCAGGAUAUGGGCUUCUUUUAUCGGUCUCUGCUGGUCAUGUUGCGGAUGAAAAUCCGUCCCAACGACUUUACCUGGCUUGCGUAUCUCGACAGUGCUGUCGCUCCAAAAACGAAAACCGAUCGUAUGGCUUGGCUGAUAGAAAAUGGCUAUAUCACUCAAACCGAUGCGGUGCGGACGGCCCUGCAGAUGACUAUACAGGAUACGUUCCUCGCUCACCUUGAGAGCGGUCGCAGUGUGGAUUCGUUCAUCAACAUGACGAUUGAUUCGCAUGGGACCAACUGGUUUUCGCCUUCCUUGAUCAGCCAGAUGUUCAGCGUCACAUCUCGCCUGAAGGAUUUCUCAGCAAUGGACCGGUUACUGCAAAUCUGUCAACAGCAGGGGCUUACUCUCGAUAGCUCCGCGGUCAAUCAAAUCCUGUUGCUAUUUCAGUCGGAUAUAUUUUCCGCGAUCCGGUAUCUGUUCCGAUGCAGUGAACAUCCCGAAACCAUGCUCAAGACGGAGGCAUGGGAGAGGCUCUUUCUGAUUGCAUUCAAAGGUCGUCAUUACAAUAUCUGCCGCGUGCUCUGGCGGUAUGCCUGCAUUCACAAGGGUAUGACGUGGAACAUGAAACGGUCUGUACUCCUUUCGCUGACCCGGAAUGUCACGCGCAAGAAGAAAAAGGAUCUGGAUAACAUCUGGCGCACCAGUGCAGGCAAGGUUAUCGUCGGGGUCGACUUGCACCUUCCGCACUACCUGGGGAAAAGCUCGGUCUUGGAAAAUGUGCCGCCCGAGUUCCACCACAGUGCAGUUUCAUACCUAGCCAGCGGGUUUAAAACCGAGGGAGAAGAGCGCCAGAAACAAUUGCAUCUCGCCAAACUAUUGAUCCAGCGCGAUAUCCAGGUCGGUCCCUGGUACCGCCCGACGCAGUCGUUCUCUAUCAUGCUGGAGGCAGCCGCCUUGAUGGAUCAAGAAUGGAAAGGGGUGCCACGGCCGAUGCAAUGGUUGAUGCAGAACGCCAUCCAAGUGCCGGUGCAGGCCUCCAACUAUCCGCAAUGA